AUGCCAUUUGGCCCUAAGGUUGUCGUCACCGGUUUCGGCCCAUUCGGUGGUGUCCUUCUGAACAGCAGUACUAUCGCCGUCCAAACCUUACGAAAUCGGUGGAGAUCUAUGGAACCGGGUUUAAGUCCUACAAUCGAUUUAAUUGUUUUGCCCAAUAUAGAGGUGUCUUACCGGAAUGUGGAUGUGGUCGUAUCAGAAAUCUGGAAUAUAAUUAAACCGGACUUAGUUAUUCACGUUGGAGUGGAUGCCACAUCCUCAACGAUUAAACUCGAAACUCAGUCUGGCUCUGGUCCAUACGUGCUCGAGGAUGUUUGUGGACUCACCUGCGACUUUGAAGAUCUUCGUGGUCAUAUAUGUACCACGUUGUCGUUAAGUGAACCAUGUGCGUUGCUUCAGUCUGCUGGAUAUUCGUGCUGCCUUUCAACAAAUCCUGGUCGCUUUCUCUGCAGCUACAUUUAUCACCGGUAUGAAAACAUCUUCAAUUUAAUUGUUGUUACUCUGAUAAAUUUUAGAUCACUUGAGAGAGACCCGAAUCGAACCUUGUUCGUUCACGUUCCCACGAUCUCAGAAAUUUUCACUCCGGAUUACCUUGGUGAUUUUUUACUCCUUUUGAUAAUCAGCCUCUGUAAGCAAUGUGGUCUGCAGAUAACUCAGUCUCUGGAGGAUUAUUUUCGAAAGCAAACUACCAGAACUUAA